AUGAAAUUGAAGUCGAUUUUCUUUUUCUUCUUCACCAUGUUUCUCCUUCAUCUUGUUUCCCCUUCAUCUUGUUGUCGUUGUUGCUGUUGUUGUUGUUGUUGUUCUUCUUCUUCUUCUUCUUCUUCUUCUUCUUCUUCCUCUUCUUCUAUUUCACUUUCAUCUUCUUUUUCUUCUUCGUCUGUAUCUUCUUCUACUUCUUCUUAUUUUUCUUCUUUUCAUGAUUCUAUUCAUGUCCUGCUUAUUGAUCUUCCUCUUCAUGUUUUCUUAAUUUUUUUCUUCUCGUUUUACUUCUUCAUUUUUUCUUCAUUUUUUCUUCUUUUCUUCAUCUGCAACUUUUUCAUUUUCAUUCCCAUCUUCUUUUGUAUUCACCUUCCUCUUUUUUCUUCUUCAUCUUUUCCUUCUUUUUCUUGUCCAACUUGUCUUCAUCUUCUUCUUCAACUUCUACUAUUAUAUUUUAUCCUCCUUUUUUUCUCCAUCAAAAUCUUCUCUCAUCACGUUUUAUUUAACUUCUUACAUCUUACUCUGAAUGCCAUCAUUUAUUGUUCUCUUUCCUUCAAUUUCUUUCAUUCUUCCCUUGCCUUUAUUCAUCGAUUUCAUAUUCUUUCUUUUCAUUUCAUCAUCAUAUUAUACCUAUUACUUCGUCUUCUUCUUCUUCUUAUUAUUAUUAUUAUUAUUAUUAUUAUUAAUAAUAAUAAUAAUAGCAGUAGUAGCAGUCGUAGUAGUAGUAUAUUAUACCAGUUAAUUCUUUUCGUUUUCUCAUUCAUUUCAUCCCCUCCUUCUUUUUUUCUUCUUUUCCUCCGCUUCUCCAUCGUCUCCUACACGCCUUUUAUUUCUUCUUCUAUUCCGCCACCUCCUCAUCUUUCUUGUUUUUAUUUCUCCUCUCCGUCCUCUUCCCAUUCCUCCUAUACUUAUUCUUUUCACCAUCCUCCACUCCUCACCCGUCUUUUAUCAUCUUUCCUUCCCCCUCGUCGUUAUUAUUCUUCUUUCCUCACCCUACUUCUAUUCUUUUUACCUCUUCUUCCGCUUCUCCUUCCUCCCUUGUUCUUGAUCAAUAUUUCCCACCUUUCUCCUUCACACCCCAACCCAUCUAACAAAUCCUCUCUGUCACCCUCUUCUUCCGGAGAUGGCAAAGAAGGAAGAUUUGUUCUGAUCGAACGCUGA